AUGUUCCCCACAGUGUAUGGGGUUAAGAAGUAUCACAAGGUUGUUCUGAUUCCCAUGAAGUGUCGAUGUAUUCCCACCAACGGAACGGGUGAAGUUCAUAAAGCUGCGAGCUUCAACCGAGAGGUGGGGAAGGCGGAAACUGAAGCAGUUUGGAUCAAAAAUCCCAGGAAAGAUGGUGGAUUGUUGACCGAAGGGUUUAGCCACGAGGUGUAA